CUGUAGCUUCCCGGUGUUUUAGGGGCGGCGGGGGAGACCGCAGCGAAGUGGCACCCGCGCAGAGGCGCAGGGGUAAGGGAAGGAAUCUGAUGCUGUCAUUAGGUACACGCAAGCGGCAGGAUACCGGCACCGACCCUUGACCUCAGGUGCCACCCCAACACUCAGGCGCGAUGGCUACGGGAGCGGAUGUACGGGACAUUCUAGAACUCGGAGGUCCAGAGGGAGAUACAGCCUCUGGGACUAUCAGCAAAAAGGACAUUAUCAACCCGGACAAGAAAAAGUCCAAGAAAUCUUCUGAGACACUGACCUUCAAGAGGCCUGAGGGCAUGCACCGGGAGGUCUAUGCACUGCUCUACUCUGACAAGAAAGAUGCACCUCCACUGCUACCCAGUGAUACUGGUCAGGGCUACCGCACAGUGAAGGCCAAGUUAGGCUCCAAGAAGGUUCGGCCAUGGAAGUGGAUGCCAUUUACCAACCCAGCACGUAAGGAUGGAGCCAUGUUCUUUCACUGGCGUCGGGCAGCAGAGGAAGGCAAGGACUACCCAUUUGCCAGAUUCAAUAAGACCGUACAGGUGCCUGUGUAUUCAGAGCAGGAGUACCAGCUUUACCUCCACGAUGAUGCUUGGACUAAGGCAGAAACUGACCACCUCUUUGACCUCAGCCGCCGUUUUGACCUGCGUUUUGUAGUUAUCCACGACCGGUAUGACCACCAGCAGUUCAAGAAACGUUCUGUGGAGGACCUGAAGGAGCGGUACUAUCACAUCUGUGCCAAGCUUGCCAAUGUGCGGGCUGUGCCAGGUACAGACCUCAAGAUACCAGUAUUUGAUGCUGGGCAUGAGCGGCGGCGGAAGGAACAGCUUGAGCGUCUCUACAACCGGACCCCGGAGCAGGUGGCAGAGGAGGAGUACUUGUUGCAGGAGCUUCGCAAGAUUGAGGCCCGGAAGAAGGAGCGGGAGAAACGCAGCCAGGACCUGCAGAAGCUGAUUACUGCAGCAGACACCACUGCAGAGCAGCGGCGCACAGAGCGCAAGGCCCCCAAGAAGAAGCUACCCCAGAAGAAGGAGGCUGAGAAGCCGGCUGUUCCUGAGACUGCAGGCAUCAAGUUUCCAGACUUCAAGUCUGCAGGUGUCACGCUGCGGAGCCAGCGGAUGAAGCUGCCUAGCUCUGUGGGUCAGAAGAAGAUCAAGGCCCUGGAACAGAUGCUGCUGGAGCUCGGCGUGGAGCUGAGCCCGACGCCCACUGAAGAACUUGUGCACAUGUUCAAUGAGCUGCGCAGCGACCUCGUGCUACUCUAUGAGCUCAAGCAGGCCUGUGCCAACUGCGAGUAUGAGCUCCAGAUGCUGCGGCACCGGCAUGAAGCACUGGCCCGGGCAGGCGUCCUUGGGGGCCCAGCCACACCAGCAGCAGGCCCAGUCCCAGCCUCUACUGAGCCAGCAGUGUCUGAACCUGGACUUGGCCCUGACCCCACCAAGGAUACCCUUAUUGAUGUCGUGGGUGCACCCCUCACACCCAAUUCGCGGAAGCGACGGGAGUCAGCCUCCAGCUCAUCUUCUGUGAAGAAAGCCAAGAAGCCGUGAGAGGCCACUAGGGAGUGACGGCAGCCUCCGCAGCAUUGAGAGCACUGAACAGGGUGCUGCACCCACAGCUCUGCACAAACCACUCCAUGUUGGGAACUACUCGGCCUCAAGAGGAGGCCAAGGUACUAGUUCUCUGGAUGACCUGACGGUGAGAGAAGUGUGUACUGUACAGCCUAUGGCAAGGGCCACAGAUAGGCCACCGACACACUUGAUAAGAUCUCACUCCACAGACUGACUGCUGAUCCUGUUUAAUGGGGAGCUGGCAGUCUUUUUGUUGCAGUUGGCCCACCACAAUAAAGAUACUUUCUCCAGCUCACCUCUCAACUCAGUGGAACGGCAGUUGUGGGCCGUCAGCCCAGGGUCUUU